AUGUACUCCUUGCAACACCCGCAAAUCGAUGAAUGCUUUUUAGAUUCCGAAUCAACAGUUGAGGAAGUGGUCAGGUUACUCGAAAACCUUCAAGUGCCCAACGAAGAGGAGGCGGAGGGCCAGGAAAAAGCUGAACGGAUUCCCAAAUCUCCCACUGAAACAGAGGAGAGUUUUAUAAUCACAGGGAGGAAAUCUCCCAUUCCAGUUAUUUCCGCACCUACUUCUUCCAAAGAGAAAUCAAAGCCCAGAACUUUCACCCGCAUAGAUCGAAGUAAGGAUCGCUUUCCCUUCAUGCGCCAGGUGGAAAUGGAUCUUGAUCAGCGCUCAAAAGCUCGCUUGGAAAGGGAACGAGUGGCUCAAAACUUUCGAAAAUUGGGAAACGCAGAGUAUCGGAAGGGUAACUACGAGUCUGCUAUGAAGAUGUACACCGAAGCCAUCGAAAAUAUCCGCGACAGUCACAUCCUGUACAUAAAUCGGGCUCUUUGUUUCAUCAAAUCGGGCAAAUUCAAACGAGGCAUAGUCGAUUGUGAUUUUGUUCUGAACAAAUUGGACGAGAAGAACCUGAGGGCGUGGAUGUAUCGCGCCAUGGCCUACAAAGGCCUUAACGAUGAGUCCAAUUUUGAGAACUGUGUAAAAUAUGCCCGCAAAUUCAAUUCGAAGCAGAUGGAUUUCAUUGAUGAUUUCCUGGAAAAGCUAAAAUAA